AUGACAGGCUGCCACCUCUCCCUGGUCAGGCACCCCUUUGCCGCUAUCUCUAUGACUGAUGGUCUCUACUCCGUUACCUUCUCCGGUGCCGGCGCCAGUGGCGCUACUGCGAUUAGUGUUGACUUGACAGAGCCCGUUGAGGCGUUGCUCAUGGCCAACGAGGAGAGUGAGCAUUUUGCCAAAGGUGUACCAUGA